UUCGUCGCCCGGUUGGACUGCCGAGACUUGGACCUUGGCAACUGGGCUCCACAAGAGUUAAAUUGUGCACGCCGGUUUUGUGCAGUUCCGGUUGAAGGCCCUGAUGUGUCUGGACCACGUAAUUUGAAGUGUCUCCUUUUCUGGUCUGUCUCAUUUUUCCUCUGAAAUACAACCUUUUAAAUCUUCUCUGAGCCUCCGAUUAAGCAUCGAUUGUUACUGAAGGAGAGGGAAUCGCUAAGUUUUUUGGAGGGGCGGUGGAGCUGUCGCUAUGGCUGCUCUCACGGUGUUGCCAUCUGCGAGUUUGUGCAUAAGAUGUCAAGCAUCGUCAUCGUCAACGUCUACGCGGGAGCCUUACAAUCUGAACCAAACUCUUACCGUGCCAGAGGGAACACCGGCCAUGAAAGUUAUGACCGGGGCGGUGAAUGCACUCUUCUCGUUCCAACCAUUUUUUAAGUUUGCUUCAGGUCAGGCAAGAAAGAUGAUAAUAGAAAGAGGUUCUGAAAUUGGGUAUCCAUGGGAACCGGAGUUAGCCAGACUUAGGCAGUUCGAUUGGGAUGCGGAAUUGAAGACUGUGCAAAAUCCUGACAUAGAAUAUCCAGAAUAUUAUUUAAAACCCUUUCAUGCGUAUGACACUGGAAAUCUAUCAUGGGAUGCUGCUUUGGAGGUGGAGCUGGCAGCUAAAUCCGUGCACGCCAAUGUCUUCGAUCCCGAGAGAAAAGUGUUGGAUCCAAAUGGUGAUAUCAGGUUAAGAGACUCGUAUCACGAGAAGCUAUUGCAAAUGUUGAACUUCACUCCUCGUGCAAUUGUUGAUUUAGGGUGUGCAUCGGGGCUCAGCACUUUUGGUCUACACCAGGUUUUCCCAGAUGCCCACGUAAUUGGAGUCGACCUCUCACCUUUUUUCAUUUCUGUGGCUAAUUUUCGGGUUAAGGAGCAGGCUGAAUCUUUGCAGGACCAAAAAUCGCCUGUGCACUUUCUGCACGGCGCUGGGGAGUAUACAGGCCUACCAUCGGGGGCAUUCGAUAUGGUAUCCAUGAGCCUUGUGUGUCACGAACUGCCACGUUCAGCAACCAAGGAGAUCCUUGAGGAAGCUCACAGAUUAUUGAGACCAGGAGGUGCUCUGACCAUCAUGGAGAUGAACCCAUAUUCUCCCCUUGUACAAAACAUGGUCAAGAAUGUUUUUGCUUUCACUGCUUUUAAAGCAACGGAGCCCUAUUUCGACGAUUACAGAACCUUCCAACUGGAAAGGGCCAUAGAGCAGCGAGGCUUCACAUUUCCAACACAAGCGGAGAGCUCCCCUCGUCACAGAACUAUGGUGGCGAUCAAGAAAUAAAUGAAUUUUGCACCGUCUUUUCUUUGCCUCUGUUGAAAGCCUCGUUGCCUACACAUUCGUGCCACUGGAGUAGCUGAUAGGCAAAUUUGUUCAUUGCCCAGGGCGUUCUAUGUUUCUCUCUAGUAUAAUGAGAAGGUGCCAUUUCUCGAGCAUUACAAUCAUAAUUCGUAACUGUUUGGUCACUUUUGGUGACCUACCUGCAGCACGCAAGACGGGAUUUCUGAUGCCAAACAAAUGGAAUAACUUUGUGAUGAACAUGGUCAAGACAGGUGAAUUGAAGAGGGUUUCUACUGAA